AUGGAUUCAGAAGGGAGAUUCAGUGUAAAUGGAUUCAUAAGGAAGAUUCAAAGCAAAGGUUUCAGUGUAAGAGGAUUCAGAUGGAAGAUUCAAAGUAAAGGUUUCAGAAGGAAGAUUCAGUGUAAAAGGAUUCAGAAGGAAGAUUCAGUAAAAGAAGAUUCAGAGGGAAGAUUCAAAGUAAGAGAUUCAGAAGGAAGAUUCAAAGCAAAGGAUUCAGGGAGAAAAGAUUCAUUGUAA